AUGGGUUCUAUGUUCAGUGGAAACCGAUUGAACAAGGAAGAGAUGGAGGUUGUGUUGAACAAAGCCAAAGAGAUCGUCUCCUCGUACCCUGUCGUUGUCUUCAGCAAGACUUACUGUGGUUAUUGCCAGAGGGUGAAACAGUUGUUGACACAGCUAGGAGCAAGCUUUAAAGUGCUUGAGCUCGAUGAAAUGAGUGAUGGAGGUGAGAUCCAAUCAGCUUUAUCUGAGUGGACUGGACAAACCACUGUUCCAAAUGUUUUCAUCAAAGGGAAACAUAUCGGUGGAUGCGAUAAAGUGACGGAGACUAACAAGCAAGGCAAGCUUGCGCCUCUCCUUACUGAAGCUGGUGCUCUCACCAAAACCUCUUCCAAGCUUUGA